CAUCCGCAAACGUAGGGCUACCUAUUGCUACCCGGGACACGUGCGACCCCGCCUUCGACGGUUCCGACCCCAUCGUCGCGUUGGGCCGUCUUUUGGCAGCUGCAGUAGAGGCCGUCUUUGGUAGCUACAGUAGAGGCCAUCUUUGGCAGCUGCAGUAGACUGUCGUUGAAACCUAUCCCACCUUCCAAGUAAUUCCAACGACCCGCAAACUACACAAGUUCAAACCAUGGCUGACGCCGUGAUCGAGAGAGCCAAGCUGAGAAACGAUGAUGGGAGAGGGCAGCUGUGUGCACAAUGUGCCGAGAUGGACUUUGCCGGCUUUUCCAGACAAGCCAACGAGUACAGACUCGGCAUCAAGCGAGAAGUGGGCUUCUCGGCUCGGCAGUGCCCGUUUUGCUGGCUGAUGUGGGUCUCGCGUGCCGGCGAGGGCCACUACGCCUGGGACCGACAAGUCACGGCCAAAUGGGACGAGGGGAGCGGCGGUUUCUCCAUCAUGGGCUCGACCGCAAACCCCAUCGUAUUCGUGGCAGAAGAUGACGGCGGCGCCACGGAGACGCCGCAUGGCUUCGCGCGUCUGGUCCAGCCCCAGAUCCCCCCAGAUCUGCUGCGGAGAUGGCUGUACACUUGCGAGAAGCACCACCACGCCGAGUGCCGGCCCCUACCGCUGCGUUUUGGUCCGAUCCCCGGCCGCGUGAACCAGCCGCUGCGCUUCCUCCGGGCCAUCGAUGUCCGCGAAGAGCGGUUGGUCGAAAUCACGGCCCCGGAGAGCUAUGUGGCCCUCAGCUACGUCUGGGGCCGGGCACCGAGCUUCCGGCUGCUGAGAAGUAACCUCGCAAGACUGUACGAGCCUCGCGGCCUUGGAGCCAUCCACAGCGAGCUGUCGCAGACGGUUAAGGAUGCAAUGCGGCUGGUGGCCCUGAUGGGGGAGCGAUACCUGUGGAUCGACGCCCUGUGUCUCGUGCAGGACGACGGACAGGACAUGGCGCACGGCAUCGAGAAUAUGGAUAUCAUUUACGAGGGCGCACUCGCUACCGUCAUUGCCGCAAACGGAAAGGACCAAAACAGUGGCCUGACGGGUAUCCAUUACGACGUGGAACGCCUUGCCCAGCAACCUGUCAGGGAGGUAGUGCCGGGCGUCAAGUUGGCCGUAUUCACUGGGGGUAUAUCUGAGUACCUCGGGACGACUCACUACUCGUCCCGGGGCUGGACAAUGCAGGAGCAGGUCCUCUCACGGCGGUGCCUCAUCUUCGUCGACGGCCGCAUCUUCUUCCGCUGCCACGCGGCACGCUUCUCCGAAGACACGAUAUGGGACCAGCACCCGAUGCAGGCGCGUCUCGAAGACCCAUCGGGCGCGAGCAUCGCGACGCCGUUUCUCCCCGAAUCCAUUCCGGACCCCGUCGGCGCCUACCUCGAGCAGGUGCUGCGGUUCACAGGCCGACACCUGACCAAGCCCGACGACGACGCCGUCCGCGCCCUGUCGGGGAUCCUGACGCGGCUCGCCGUCGCCGCCGGCUCGGGCCUGCUGUGCGGGCUGCUGACGUCCGCGUUCGACGUUUGCCUCCUGUUCUGGCACCCGAGCUUCUGGCAGCAGGGCUUCCGCGACGUCCGCCGGCGGCCCGCCUUCCCGAGUUGGUGCUGGGCCGGCUGGGCUGGCGUUGCUGUGACGGCGCUUCCGGAUGCCAAGUCGACGCCUGGCGGAGACCCCAAGACCUGGCUGGUGACGUGCACAGAGGAUAUCGUGUACUAUGUUUACGAUGCUCUGUCGCCAUCUCAGGGGAGUAACGAGGCCGCGACAGCGCCUUCCCCCGCGGCUCCCAUCAUCCGCCGUGUCUGGACCCCCUCGGACCAAGCUCGGCUGACAUCAGGUCAGUGGGGAUAUGGACGACAAUGCUCCGAUCUGGUGGACGCGGACGACCGCGAUAUGGUCAACUGGCGUGCGAUUCCGCGAGCGUACCCAAUGCUGUACUUCGGCGCGCGCACCGUCCGCGCCGGUAGUUUCGAAAUGCGUCUCUCGCGGUUUGACAAUGUUAUUGUCUGGCCCAAAUGCGGCAACAACAACACCGACCACGAUGAUUCCUCGGCGGCGGGCAACUUUGCGGUCAGCGACGUGGGGCUGCUCUUGGAAGAGCUGCGUGCCGAGCGGGCGUGUGAACUAGUAUUACUGUCAAGGGCAGACUGCUACGAUAACUUCCAGCUAGAGUGGAUGCUGGCGGGCAAGACUCGGCCGGCAACGGCACAAGAAGGGAUUGAUGCGGGGCUGUAUGUGACGCCGGAUCGGCCGGUUGUGUGGGCGCUUUUGGUAGUACGGCAGGGGGCGGCUGCGCGAGACGGGAGCAAUCAAGCCGAAGCCUUUUGGGAGAGGAGGGCUUUGGGAUUUAUCUAUCAGGACCGGCUGGGCGAGUUUAAGGGGCUGGGAGUGCGGGAGGUUGUACUGGCUUAGGAUCAC